GUUCGCCAGCAGUUGACUGCCCAGCUCCUCUUAGACUCAGAGAGGAGGGGAGGCUCAUCUCCCACAGAGGCAUCAUCUGAUGCCCUUAAGUCUCGUCACUGGCAGAGGAGACAGAGGAAGUUCCUGAAGGCAGUGACUCAGUCAGAGCAGCCCAGAGGGCUGGAGCUCCUGGUAGCUGAGCUCCGAACUCUGUUCUCAGCUGUGCUGCAAGACCGCAGCCCUGAAGCCUGGCACUAUCUGCAUGCAGUGCUGGGCCUGCUGCCUCCAUAUCGUGCGCUGCUCAUUGGUCACCUUGAUUUGCUACCCUUCCUGGAGCAGCUAUACCACUUGGCACCCUGGGUCCUAUCCCAGCUCCAACUGGACCUGCUAGAUGCCAUAGACCGGGCCUUUCCCCGAGACACCUCUUUGUUAGAGAGUGCCUCCCAUGUUGACUGCUAUCUGCAGAAGCAGAGGUUCCAUCAUGACCCCCCAUUCCUAGUGUGCCCUUUUGUGCAGGCCCAGGGGGGUAGGCAGCAAGUAGAGGAGGAAUUGGCCACAUGGCUGCGACCAUUGACUCUGCCUGAGCUACAGCACAGCCUGGGUAUUGUUGGUGCCGAGGUGGCCCUGGAAGAGGCCCGGUGGCUAGAUGGCCUUAGCCUCCUGCCCUUGGCGCUGGCAACGGACAUCCCUGUACAGUAUGAAAACAGUGGUGCUGACAACGCAGAGGAGGAGCCUGUUGGAAGAAGAGAGACUAAGUCUCAACUUGACUCAGAAGUUCCUGGGAAGAAGCCCUUCCAAAAGAGCAGCACUGGUCUCUUACCUCAGACUUCCCUCCUGGGUAGCCAGGUGAUGACCAUUCUGAAGACAGAGAGACACCCGGAGAAGAUCCACUUCCUCUACCUCAAUGUGGCUCCCAGCCGGUACUUUAAGCCCUACAGCCUGGUGGUGGUGCCACCAAACAAGGUGAAUCCUGAGCACUACAUCUUCUCCCCCUUUGGCGUCCUGCAUGUGCAUCCUGUGGAGGGCAGUGAGACGAUGACGCUGGGUACCUGGCACCGCCACUCUGUCCUCUGGCAACAGCUCCAGUUCAUCCCAUUCUUUAAGUAUUUCCUCUUACGCAAGGCCUGGGCCUGCUGGAAGAAGAGUGUGAAGUUGCAGGGGCUGCACCGGUGCCGCACUUUCCUGGGGAAGCAGCUGCUCUUCGCCGUGCCCCACUUUGGAGCUGGGCUGCUCCAUAUUAGCAGGCUUCUGCAGGAGCUGCGCUCUGUGUCCUGGCUUCCCCGGGAACCAGAUCGGUGCUACGAGCUGCUGGACCUGCAGCGGGCUCUCGCCAAGGAGAACUACAAGGCCCUGCGGCUGCUCUGUCGCUGUCUGCACCUCUGCACAUACAUCCUUCAUAUGGUUCAUGAGGAUACAUAUCAAAUGCAACAGGGCCUGCAGGAGCGAGUGAAAAACUGCAAGAGGAUCAGGAAAGGCCAAGGCUCCAUAUACCUUCAAAGGGUGCAGCGUCAGCGUCUGGAGCAGAAGCUGAAGCAGGCAGAGGCCUGGCUGCUGCAGCUGGGACCGUUGGCCCGCCUGGUGGACUACAUGAUUUGCCAAUGCCUCGUGUCCGUCAUAGAGGAGGAAGUAACCUCUUUUGUGGCCAACAUCCUGCAAGCCCCAAGGCAAAAACCCUUUCUCUCAGCACAGCUGGUCUUUGACAAUUCUGGUCAGCUCUCUCAUGAGCCCUGUAUUGAAAAAGUGAUCGAGAUUCUAACGAGGAGCCUACAGUCUGUCAAGACCUCUGCUCUGAAGGUAAUGCAAUCUGCAGACCUGAAGACCCCUUUGGAUUCCCUGUACUCUGAAGAAGACGAAGAGGAGGACUCAGACACAGUAUCCCUGACGCCCAAGUUGCAGGGCCAGCCCAGCGAUGCCGUGCACAUCUUCUGUGGCCCGGAUAUAGGAUUGGUGUGGCCCUGGAAGUCUCACACAAUUACUGAAGCCCUGGAGGUCCGUGGAUACCGGCUACGGGGCCAGUACUUGCCCCCCGAUUACAAGCGGCUGCAAGAGGACCUGGACAACAACCCCCGAGUCCAGCAGGCCCUCACUAUCCAACAGGCCCUGCUGAAGGGUGUGCUGUGGGAAGUGCAGGAAUUCUGCAGAGAAUAUCACUGGAUGACAGGCAUUUACGAGUUCCUGCAAGCCUGGGGUCCUCAGAAGCUGGAGUCUAUGAGAGGUUGUCCUAUCAAGGACUACGUGACGCUGGUGAGCUGCCUGAACGUUUGGCAGGCCCGUGUCUCCAAUAUACCUAAUGAGUUGAUCACAGAAGGCAAGUUGCUGCUGCUGAGCUGCCGUGACACACGGGCAGAGAUGGAAGCCAAGCUGGAGAGCGUCAGGAAGGACAUUCUUGCACAGGUACAGAACGAGUGCUGGAGCCGCAGCCAGCAGCUAAUGCAAGAGCUCACAGAUUUCAUCCAGGUCUUCCAAACCAUCAGCGCAGACAUUCACGCCAUUGCCCAGUGUUCCCAGAAGUUGAACAAGGCCGAUGACCAGUAUGCCAAGCUGGAGGAGCGAAUGGAAUACAUACGGUCACUCCAUGAACUCAUCCGCAGCCACUUUAGCCUCUUUAGUGCUGAGAAUGAGGCACUGGACGUCUCGGUGAGAAGACAAUGCAGGGAGUCCCUCAUCCCGCCCCGUCCCUCCCCACAAGCACGUUGACUUGACUGCCCUCUGCUUGCCCCACAGCUUCUGGAUAUGUGGGAGGAAUUCCAGUUUGAGAGAAGCCAGGCCUCAGAGUUCCUGUUCAGCAAGCAACAUACCCUUGUGCCCAAGCUGCAGCAGCUGAUGGCGGCAGCACUGGCCAAGCUGGAAGGCCUGAUUGAGAAGGCUCUGUCUGGGCCCUUCAUGGACCCUGCACAAGAGCCGAGGAGCACUGAGCGCCAACUCCUUGUCCUGGAGCGUCAGUUCCAGAGCACAGCCAGCCACCUCAGUGAGCUGCACCGUGCCUACACCACGUUCACUGGGAAUAAGAGUCCUGUGUCCUUGCCAAUCUGUGGGACCCAUCCUAUUGUGCAACAGCAGCGUAUCUGGCACCUGUACCGAGCCAUCUCUGAAAACAUCAGCGAAUGGAAGUGCAUGACUUUUGCCAAGUUCAGCCUGGCUAUGGCCGAGGAGAAGACAGAUGGCUGGCUGACAGAGGCAACCCAGAUGCUUGCCACCCUGGGGCUGCACAGCCCAGUUCUGCAGUGCUGCAUGCACAUUCUAGAGGAGUUCCGCAGCUACCUGCCAUUGCUUACCAAGCUGGGUAGCCUCCAGCUGCAAAGCCUCAACUUCCAAGCCCUCCUGCAAGCCUUAGGGCUGGGCAGUCUCAACGUAGAACUCAUAACGCUAGGCCAGCUGCUUGCUUGUCCGCUGCUGGAGUUUGCAGAUAGACUCAAUCAGAUCUGGCAGUGUGAAAAUGAACAAGUUCAUGCCCAAGAGACCCUGCGGCAGCUGCAGCGGGUCUGGGAAGUGCGCCAGCUGCGGCUGCUCAACUUCAUCCUGCAUGUGCCCUGCGAGCCCCCAGCCUUGGAGCGCUCCAAGAAGCAAAUGCUCCGCAGCCCCCACUGGGAUGUAGUGCCCGAGGACAGUGGCACCUUCGUUCUUUCAGAUUACAACAGCCUGCAGGAUUCUAUCCAGGACAGUCUUCAGGUGUUGUUCAAGAUCCUGGACAUGCAAAACUCAGGAAACUUAUACAAAAUAGCUUUGGAGUGGGUGACCAUCAUGCAUGGCCUGGGUGACGUGCUGGAGGUGUGGGUGACUUUUCAGCAGGAGUGGAUUUUUCUGAAUAAAGUUCUACAUGAGAUGAAGAUCCAGUUUCCCAGUUCUGACCUGGACUCCCGUUUCAAGGCCAUGGAUGAUCAGUAUCGGACCCUGAUGCGGAUCUCUGUAGCUGACCCUCUGGUUCUGUCGCUUAUAGUGCCCAGUGCCAAGAGGAGCCCUUAUUUCCAAGGCCAGCAGCUGCAACAACUGCUGCAAGCAGGCUCACUGGAGCUGGAGGGCAUCAUUAUUGCUCUGGAGAGCGUGCUCUAUGGGGUCUGUGCUCACUUCCCCCGCCUCUUCUUCCUCAGUGACAGUGAGCUGGUAGCCCUGCUGGCUGCCCCACUGGAGUCACGUGAGGCCCAGAUAUGGGUACGACGUUGCUUUCCUCAUGUGCAUGCUGUGGGCUUCAAGUCCAUCCCAAUGGCUAGAAACACGGAGGACCAGGAGUUGAGGCCAAGCACACAGACUCAGGUGGAGGCACUUGAAGUGCUAGGGGCAGGUGGGGAGGAGGUGAAGCUGCGGCAGUCACUUCCUCUGCAUCCAGAUCUCCCCAAAUGGCUGGCGUCUCUGGAGAAGGGUCUGCGUUUGGCAUUGGUGCACAUGCUGCAGGACUGUGUGGCUGCCCGUCUGGCUCUGGGCUCAUCCCUAGACAAGGCCUUCAAGAAGCUGCCCCAGCAAAGCCAGGUGGUGCCCCUGCAACAGUAUGCCCACCACUGGCUGGAUUUAGUCAAGGCUUUCCCAUGGCAGUGUGUGCUGGUGGCAGAGGAGGUGGUAUGGCGGGCCGAGAUGGAAGAGGCUUUGCUUGAGGGGAGGACCGUGGCCAUGGUCCCCAUACAUGUACGGAAGCUGGAAGGACUGGUGUAUUUUGUACGGGCUCAGAGGGCCUCCCACCGUGGGCAGCCUCUGCCCUCUGUCCGCCAGACCAGCUUGCUUAGUGCCCUACUGGUCAUGGCAGUGACUCACCGGGAUAUAGCCCAGCUGCUGCAGGAGCACCAGGUCUGUGAUCUGGCAGACUUCCACUGGGCCCGCCAACUCAAGUACCACCUGGGUUCAUCUGACACCAUCCUCCAAAGCCCCCUGCAGACCCUCAAGACUAUUGCAUCUACUGAGAAUUCUCUGUCACCAGCUGCGUGCUGGAUAGAUGUGCUGGGCCGGUCCUUCCUGUACAAUUAUGAGUACCUGGGUCCCAGACUGGAGUCUCUACCCAGCCUGCUGCCUGAACGCCCAGCCCUGGGACUGUUAUUGGCUCUGGAGGAGGUGGCCUGUGGGACCCUACUGGGCCCUGAUGGUGUGGGCAAGGUAGCCACGGUGAAGAGCCUGGCACAGGCCCUGGGGCGCCAGCUGGUGAUGAUGUCCUGCUUGCCUCAAAUGGAGGCCCAAAGCCUGAGCAACUACCUGAAUGGUGCCCUGCAGGGUGGUGCAUGGCUGCUGUUGGAGGCAGCUCAAUGCCUGCCCCUUGGCUUGCUCUCUGCCCUGGGCCAGCGCCUGGCUGAACUGCACCGCCUCUAUGCCCCGCUGCACCGGGAGGCUUCCCCAAGCACCAGCACCGUUGACCCCACCCACCCCCCGCUCCUUGGCAGUGGCUUCUUUGAGAAACAUCACGUGUAUAUACGUCUUGGCUAUGGCUGUCUCCUGACGCUGACUGCUCCGGUCCCUGCUGUGCCUGCCAACCUGCGCCUGCUGCUGCGGCCUGUGGCAAUCACACUGCCUAACCUACAGCAAGUAGCGGAGCUGACUCUUCUGGGUGCAGGGAUGCGGGGUGCCUCCCGCAUGGCUACCCGCCUAUCCCAAUUCUUCUCCCUAGAGCGUGAGCUCAUGUCGAGGCCCCUGCCCUGCCGCCUGCGACUGCUCAAGCAAGUACUGGCAGACAUGAUACAGGCUCUAAAUGUGACCAAGGAAGAACCCAGCUCCCAGCAGCCCCACAGCCUAGCUGCCAUCGAGGAGGCCGCCCUAGUGCGCGCUUUGCUACACUCACCACUAUUCAGUAGCCUCAGUGGGGUCCAUCUUCACAACCUCCAAAAGCUGCUCUGUGGGAUCUUCCCCAGUGCCAGCCAGGUGCUGGCAGAGCCUGUGACCCGAAGGCUGAAGAAGCCACUGCUGGUGGAGGAAUUGCGUCAGGCAGGCCUGCAUCCGAGCCCUGACAUUUUGGGGUCCCUGGAACAGCUGAGCCAGGCCCUGUGCCGGGCCUCCGGCAUUUUGCUUCUGGGCCCUGCAGGCAGUGGCAAGACCACUUGUUGGCACAGCUUAUUUAAGAUCCAGAAUCAGCUCACAGCCAGGGAGGUCACCUCAACACAGGGCUAUCUGCCUGUGAAAAUGACACACCUGUAUCCCAGUGUCCUCAGCCCCCAGGAGUUCCUGGGGUGGCUAGAGGGCCCCUGCUGGCACCAAGGCGUCUUCCCCAGGCUGCUGCGUGCAGCCAGUCAGUGUAGGAUUGUGGACCCAAAGAGGGAGGCACAGGACUCGGUGGGGACCCAGCACUGGAUAAUAUGCGAUGGGCCCUCCAGUGCUGCUUGGCUGGACUCCAUCACUUGCCUCCUGAGCGACCCCCCCCAGCUUACCCUCCCCAAUGGUCAGCAGAUAGAACGACCCCCAAGUACUUUUCUCUUGAUGGAGGUGGGAGACACAACAGGCAUGUCCCCCACAGUGGUGGGCCGCUGUGACCUCGUCUGGUGUGGUGGGGAACAGACUUGGCAGGGGAUGCUCAGCAUCCUGAUGGCAGCCCUGCCCCAUGAGUACCACCUGCAACCGCAGACGGUCACUGAGCUCAACCACCUGGCUGAAGUGCUGGUGCCGGCAACAUUCCGAUUCCUUACCCGCCAGGGUGCCAGCUCCCUGCUGCAGGCACAUGGGCAGCAGGCUGUUUGCCCAGGCGUGGCUGAAGUCACCAGCCUGGCUCGCCUUUUGCGUUGUCUGCUUGAUCGCCACCUGCUCACAGCUGAGGAAAAGAAGGCGCAUAUCACAGAGGACCUCAGCUGUAGUGAUCCUGUACCCCAAAGCUUCAAGCCUUCAAAAAACAGCACUCUGAACCAGUCCCACGUUGAUAACGAUGAUGUGCCUCAUAAGCGCAGGGAGCACCUGCUGGGUGUCAGCAGCUUUCUUUUUGCCUUGAUCUGGGGCUUUGGAGCCCACCUUCCUGCCAGGCUCUGGCCCCUCUUUGAUACCUUCCUGAGGGGUUCUAUCAGUUGCCUCUCCAACUAUCCUGAGCCACCGCCCUCAGCCUUGGUGUUUGAUCUACAUGUCUGCCCUGAAGAUGGGACACUGGUCCCCUUCACUGGCCAAUACUUGGGCAGCCGCUUCAAGAGACUUCCGGACACCUUCAUUCCUUCUCCCCAGACUGAACGGCUCCUGUAUGUGGUGGACCUACUUCUGACGAAGGGACACCCAGUGCUGCUGGCUGGAGAGGCAGCCACCGGGAAGUCUGCGUUUGUGGAGGUGCUGGUGGAGCCACAUCACCCGUACAUGUACAGCCGCAUCCACCCUGCCUUCAGCACCGUCCACCUUCGCCUUCUGCUGAGCCGAGGGGUCCAGAGCCAGGCGCAAGCCAGCACAUGGCCUGGGCGGCACCUGGAUUCUAAAGGCUCCUUCCUUUUCCUGCUGGAGGAUCUGCACCUGGCCGCUUCCGACCCAGAGAAGAGCUGUCAGCCAGUGUUGGAGACUCUGCGCCAGGCCAUAGAUGGCACUGUGUGUGCCCACACCACCUUAGAACUGCAGACGCUGCAGCCUGUAGUCAACUUCUUUGCCACAGCCACAGUGCCAGGCUUCUGUGAGCGCCCACUGUGCCCACGCCUUGUUCGGCUCUUCACAGUGCUGGCCUUGAGCAGUAUGAGCCAGGCCAUGCUGCUGAGCAGGCACACACCUAUCAUCCAGGCCUGGCUUGAGCAUUUCCCCUCUGUGGAGCGGGAGGGUGCUCUAGCAAGAGCUCUGGUCCAGGCCUCGGUGGAGGCCUGGGAGGCUGUGGGCCACUGCUUUAAGCCUUCACCCCUCCACCCACACUACCGCUUCUCCCUGCACUCUGUGAGCCAACUACUGGGAAGCUUGCAGCUGCUGCCGACCAGAACAGGCUCCCGAGGUUUUCUGGACUAUCCCAACCACCAGGAGCACUUGCGCCGGGUGUCAGGCUUGCGUGGCACACAAGAGGAGGAAGAGGAGGUGGAGGAGGAGGAGGAGAGGGUGCCUGAAGUGGAGUCUGAGGGGGAGUUGACCCAGUGGGAGGACUUCAGCAACAGCGGCAGUGAAACGGAGGAGGACGCUUAUGGCCUUCAGGUCACCACAGACCCACCCUCCAAAUAUUCAGAUCUUGCACCAGUCAAGAAAACUACAGAGAGCAUAAGUCAAAAGAUAAACCAGGAGGAAGGCACAGUGGCCUCCAGCUAUCAGCUCAACUUAAAGAGAGCUGAGAGUUGGUGGCAGAAGGCAUCCCAGGUGAAUCUGGUUUCACCCCUGUUGCUACCAGUGCUGCUACUUCGUCCACAGGAAAAGCCCUCAGACCUGGUCUUCAGUCAAGAGUUGAUAUUAGGUUCCAACUCUGAGGGCCCCAACUUGUACCUGGAACGCCAGUGGGACAGCCUGGGGGAGCAGCUGGCCAUCUCGGCUGCUCAGCUACAGCUGAGCCCCCACCUUGCCCGGUGCCGCUCAAUGGCCCAGCACGUGGCCCGCCUGGUCCGAGUGCUGGCCAGGCCCCGGCAGCAUGGCCUACUGCUCUCAGGGGCUCUGGGCACUGGGCGCUGUACUGCCAUCACUCUGGCAGCUAACAUUUGUCAGGCCCGCCUCUUCCAUCUGCCCUGUGAGCCAGAAGAGGCCAUUCUCCAGUGUCUACGGGAGGCCAGCUGGCAUGCUGGCCUGUUAGGCCAGCCAGUGGCCCUGCUGGUGCCCAAGGGUGUGGAUCUUACGACCCUUCAUCGUCUGCUGGCUUUGGCAUCCUCAGGCAGUUUCCCUGACCAGUACACAGAGGCAGAUCUGGACAGCAUUGAAGAACAUUUCCCCAGGGAGACCUUUAGUGUCAAGCAGACCAUCAGGAAGGAAAUGCUGUUGCAGAGGUUGAGGAGUAUGCUGGAGUCCCAAGCCCAUGGGGUCUUCCCUUGGGGGCAUUCUCACCUGGUCCAGGAUCUGGAGAUGCAGCUGGGUCUCUGUUCACAGAACCUCCGCACAUUUCAGCAGCAGCUAGAGCAAGGCAAGCUCCUAUACAAGCAGCAGCUGGCAGAGUGUCGGCAGCAGGAGAACCUCACUGAGAGCCUGACCAUCCAAUCGGAUGCCCUGCGGGCUCAGCAUGAGGCUUUCCUGGAGCAGAUGGGCAAGGCCUUUCUGGGGCCCCUGAGCCAGCUGCAGGUGGCCGACUUUGAGGAGAUUCGGAGCUACCGCGCACCACCAGAACCUGUGGUCCAGGUGACUGAUGCGCUAUGUGACCUGUUCCACCGUGAAAGAGGCUGGGCCAGUGCCAAGCAGCUGUUAUGCACUGAGGACUUUUAUCAGGAGCUGGUGUUCUUCCCCAAGGAGAAGAUGACGGACUCAGAGGUGAUAAAGUUAAACCUGGCUCUGAAGGCUCUAGGUAUGAGCGAUGCAGCCUUGCGGGCAGUAAGCAUACCUGCAGCAAACCUGGCAGCCUGGCUCUGGGCCGUUCUGCACUACAGGCUGGCACAACACCGAGAGCUGCCCACGGCUCUGCUACUGCGGCAGGUAGAGGCGACACUGGCUCGGGAGCAGGCGCGCCUGGCCCACUACCAGUUCCAGGCUCAGGAGAUCCUAGAGCACAAUUUGGCCCUGACCAAGAAGCUGGAAGAUGCCCAGGCUUCCCAUAACCAUCUGGUAGAGAAUCUCAGUUUGGCUCAGUGUGGCCAGUAUCACAAGUGGCCCAUAAAAGCUGCACUGCUCACGCCCAUGCAUUCCUGGACUACAGAGCUCCAGAAGUUAAAGGGGCACUGCAUGACUGUGUUUGGAGAUGCCCUCCUGUGUUCAGCUGCCAUUGUCUACCUGGGUCCCUUCCCGCCACUGCGGCGCCAGGAGCUACUGGACAAGUGGCUGGCUCUGUGUAGGGGCUUUCAGGAGACCCUGGGCCCGGAUGAUGUGGCACAGGCACUGAAGCAGAAUCAGAAAUCUGUCACCGUGCCACCAAAGAAACCCCUGCUUGCCACAUGCUCUCCCUUCAGCCUUCUGUCCUUGCUGAGCUCUGAAUCCGAACAGUUCCAGUGGGACCGAGACCUGAAGCCCCAGGCAAAGUCAGCCCGCCUGGCAGGCCUGCUUCUGCGAAGUCGCACCCACUACUUCAGUUGCCGUUGGCCUCUGCUCCUUGACCCCAGCAACCAGGCCCUCAUCUGGCUGAACCCACUGCCUCUGGAAGAGACUAGAUGCUCGGCCCCAGGUCCCACCAUGGACAGAGGGAAGGGCUUCAGGAGAAAUCAAAAGAACGAGUGUACAGAGGACAUGGAAGAGGAAGACGAUGACAGUGAAGAGUGUGAUAAAGCUAAGGAAAAGACAAAAGAGCAGAAGGCGGAGGAAAGGGGGAAGGAGAAGGAGAAGGAGGAAAGGAAGCAAGAGCAAGAAAACAAGGAGGAUGAGACGGAGAGCCAGGAGCCAAGGCCCGCCUCCGGGACCCAGUCUCCACCCCCUCCCUACCUCAGCUUACUCUCAGGUGCCGACCCAGACCUAGGUCCUCAGCUCCUGGAGGCAGCUGCAGGUGACCUGCCCGUGCUACUGACCAACAUGGAGCUGGGCCUGGGGUGCCAAGAACUGCAAUGGCUACUGCAGCGAGAGCAGCUGAGCAAACCCCAGGUGCAGCCUGGCUUCUGUCUCUAUCUGAGCACUACCCUCCCCCUCGGUGCCUUGGGAAAAGUAUUAGGUUGCGAACUGCUGAAGGGGCUGAAUGUGCUGGAUCUGGGCCUGAACAUGGACGUCCUAGAAGAACAGAUGUUGCAUGAAAUCUUGUGCAUAGAGUGUCCCAAACUCGAGAGCCGCUGGCAGGACCUCAAGAUGAGAUCCCUGGAUGCCUGCAAAGCUGUGGAGGCUGUUGAGGAGCGACUGCUGACGAUGCUACUGUUCCAGAACCCAAAUCAUCAGAAACCAGCCAAGUUCCUACGGGACACAGUGAGGACCCAGGCACAGCUAUGUCAGCUGCGUGUCCAUUGCGAGGAGCUAGAAGAACUGAGGCUGCAGGAGGUGGUACAGUGGGCACCCUAUCGACACGUGGUCCGGCAUGGAAUGGCCAUUAUCAAGACCCUUAGCCCACUGCAGAACCUGCUGCCACCUUUCUGUAUGAGCCCAGAGAAUUGGCUGGCAGCCACCAAGCAGGCACUGAACAGCAUAAAGCGGUGUGAGAAUCAUCAGGGGGUGGACCUGCCCAGCCAUCUGCUACAGCUAAGAAUACAGCUGACCCGCCAACUGCUGGGCAGCACCGUGGCUGCACUGGGCCUGACCCAUGUACCCUUAGUGGGUGCCUUGGGUGCUCUGGCUCUGCUGCGAGUAUCAAAGAAGGCAUCAGAUCUGGAGAGGCUGGCACUUUGGCCUGGACUGGCAGCUUCUCCUAGCACAGGCUAUAGCAAGCCAGUCCCAGGUGUGGCUCGGCCGCCCUGGCUAGGGCUGAGAGCCUGGCACGAAUGUGGAAUGUUAGAGCUGCUGCCCCCAUUUGCUGGGCUGCGUGCAUCCCUGGCAGGCCAUUCCAGGGUUUGGCAGGCUUACCUGUCACUGUCAUCCACAGUGCUGGGGCCUGCACCUGGGCCUGGGUCUGAUCCACUCAGCCUCCUCCAGAAGCUGAUCCUGUGGCGUGUGCUGAGACCUGAGUGCCUGGCAGCGGCCCUGGCAGACUUUACCACCAGCCUCCUGGGCCGGCCCCUGGAUGAAAACCUGAGUGCCUUCACCAUACCCGUCGAACACAGUCAGGCUACUCAGCCCCUACUGAUCUUGUUGCCACCACCUGGUCACCCCACAGCCAUCUUGCAUCCCCUGACUGUCAUCCAGGAACUGGCUGCCAAACACGAGCAGGGGCAGAAGCAUUUGGAGGUGAUAGCCCUGGGCUCUGAGGCCUGGGACCCGGUCUCAGUGGUGGUCAGCACUCUAUGCCAGGCUAUGCACAAAGGGCACUGGCUGGUGCUGGAGAAUUGUCACCUGAUGCCUAACUGGCCGAAAGAGCUGCUACAGCCCUUGCUGGGGCUGUUGGACGGAGCCACGGUGGUCUCGGACCUGGAGUUAGAACUGCUUUUAGCUCAACCUACAAGCAGGAAUGUGGUCCACAGAGAUUUCCGUCUUUGGCUUAUUGUGUCUACAGAGGCUAUUGCUUCCUUACCAGCUAUACUAACUCAGCACUCCAUGCCUAUUUCCUGGGAGCCGUCCCUGGACCUGGGCCACGUCUUGGUCAACAGCAUAGAGCUAGCCCAACAAGCACCGUAUGUGCAACCCCCUACCAAGGCGCUGCCUCUGCUCCUCCUACAUGGCCUCCUGCUACACCGGCAGCUCUACGGGCUGAAGCUGCAGGCACACAGGGGGCGCUGGAAUCAAGUGACUCUAACCCAAGCCCUUCAGAUCCAAGACCAGCUGUGGACCAGCCUUAGCAAUCCCAGUGCUGCCAUGCAGGAGCUGGCCGCUUCGGUUUUCUAUGGGGGUCCUGUGAGAGACGACAAGGACAGAGAGGCCCUGAUUAGCCUCACACAAGCCUGCCUGGGCUCCAGCAGGGGGAGCUGGGACAAACCACACACCCCCCAGUAUCUGCUGGCCACUCUGAUGCCCAGCCCAGAGCUAGAGGAGCUGGAUGCUAUGGCAGAGUGCAAGGCCCAGAUGUACCUAUUGCCCACACCACCUGAACCCCAGAUCUGCGGACUGAGUGCUGGCCCCCAGGCUUGGCUGUUACGACGCCAGAGUCGUGCUUUCCUGAGUGCACUGCAGCGGAGUUCACCCACUUGGGUGCCUGCGCCUCCGGGAGGCUCCCGGCGCACCGAAAGGCGGCUGCGGCAACGCCUGGUGCUAGCCAAGCGGAGGCUGGAGUCGUUACAGGCUCUGCUGACCAAGACCAUUCACCAAAACGAGCCUGGCACCGGGUGGGUGGUGCAGGGGCUGAAUGCGGAGCAGCCUCUGGAGGGCAUCCUCCAGAUGGAGGUGCUGGAACUGAGCCAGCUGGUGAGCACGCUGCAGCGGGACCUUGAUUGCCUGUUGCAGCAGCUGAAGGGCGCGACGCCAUGUGCCUCCCAACGCUGUGCCGCCGUGGCCCAGGCUCUCUGGAAUGGACGUCUACCCCCGCCUUGGCGACCUCACACGCCUGCCGGGCUGCAACCGCCCUGGCACUGGCUGCGACAGCUGUCGCGCAGUGGGCAACUAUUGGUUCGCUACCUGGGCGUGGGAUCCGAAGUACCGAAACGCAUCUUUCACCUAUCAGCCUUUCGCCACCCACGCCGCCUGCUGCUUUCACUGCGCUGGGAAGCUGCCUCUGCUAUGGACCAGUAUGUGCCCAACUCAAAUUUGCCUGGUUGCCAAAGCUCCAGCUCCAAUCAGCUCCCCCAUAGACGUCAGGGGCUGAACAUCAACCCUCUGCACAUCCAGGUGGUGAACGGCCCAAAGCCCACGGUUCCAGAGAUGGGGCUGCUGCUGAUUGGGCUGCAGCUCUGGAACGCCGAGUGGGACCCGCUAGCAGGGGCCUUGCAGGACAGUCCCUCCAGCCGGCCCAGCCCUCUGCCUCCCGUCAGCGUCAGCACCCAGGCCCGGGGCACCAAUGACCUGCCACCCCAUGCCGGCCUGGCUGUGUAUUCCUGUCCUGUGUACAUGGAAGGUCCCCUUGGCACCACUAGGCUGCACAGCAGGAACAUCCUAAUGCACCUGCCCCUGCCCACGAAGCUCAGCCCCGACAUCUGUGUCCAACGGAGAGUCCAUGUGUGCAGCCCACCCCUGCCCUGAGCGCUCAACCAAAAUAAAGUUGGAGUGAUUUGAUGAAAGCGUCUGAGACUUAGGAGUAUAGGGUGUGUGCGCACAGAGGAGAGAGGAGGUGUGUUCACACUGAAGGGAGAAGAGGGUGUGUGCCUGGCAACUGGGGGGAGG